CUUGAAGACUGGAUAGCGGAUGCACAGAGGUCUGUGGCUGCCCAGAAGUUAACUGGUCAAGAGGCGGUGGAUUUCCUGUACCAUAGCUUAGAAGGUGCGGCUCGAGAUGAAGUUCGACUAAGGCCUGUGGAUGACUGGACAGACCCGGAUGGUUUCUUCAGGAUUCUAAGAGACGUCUUCGGGGAGAAGCUCACCAAGACCCAGCUUCUCCAGAGGUUUUUCGCCAGAAAACAAGGUGACAGGGAGCCCAUCCAGGACUUUGCCCAUGCCCUGAUGUCAAUGGCGGAGCACAUAACCAGAGUACACGUAGGAGCCCUGGAAAACAAGGACCAGAACCUCAGAGACACAUUCGUUGAGAACUUGCGUGACAACCUGUUGCGCAGGGAUCUCAAACGCUAUAUCAGAGAACAUCCCGAGAAGACCUUCAACGAGGUGAGGCAAGAGGCCUAUCGUAGCUCGGAAGACACAGAUAGAGGAGCACAUCGCCAUGCAGCGGCCAAGGAGGUGUUGGUGGAGAGCAACCAAGUAAAUGCCAUCCAAGAGCUUACAGCAGGACAGAAGGCCCUGGUGGAGAGGCUCAUGCAGCAACAAAAAUUGCUGGAUGAGCAGCAGAAGCUGCUAACCCAACUUACCAUGAAGUUAGCAAGCCCAUCCCCACCACGAAGUCCCCCACGUGGUCCGAGGAGAUGUUACAACUGCCACGAGCUUGGACAUCUUCGGCCGAACUGCCCAAAGCCCCUGAAAGACAAGGCACCAGCAGCACCACAGAAGGAGUCAAACUCCAGCUCUCCACAGCAGUGAGCCACGCCGUGGAGAGGAACUGUAGUGGCUCUAAUUCUCUUUUUCAGAAUGAAAAGUUUGUCGGGACAAGUCCCACAGUGGUGGCGAGGAUUGGCGGAGUACCUGUGAAAAGCUUGGUGGAUACGGGCUCCAUGGUUACCCUCAUCACCGAGUCGUUCUACAGAGAAAAGCUACAGCCAACCCUAGGAGACCUACACCCUGAAACAAGAUUACUGCAGCUGCGAGGAGCUAACGGUUUGGACAUCCCUUACAUUGGAUAUAUCGUCGCUACAGUAGAGAUCGGAGGAGUGGUGGUCCCUGGGUGCGGCAUCUUCAUCACGAAGGACACAGCAGCC